AUGUCUGAGAAGAUCGACCGGAUCGAGCCUGCAGUUGCAGUUGCGCCUGUGACGCCACUCGCCACGGUGGACGAGCUGCUCACUGCACACGGACAGACGGAAUCACUGACACUGGAUGAUGCCCGCGAACGGGCAAAGCACCUUGUAGACUCCCAUUCAGAGGAUCCAAACUUUUCUCCUGCCGCCUUGGAACGCCUGCAUGCGUUCCUUGCCAAUACCACACUGCUUGAAGAGCCGGAGAAGCACCGAAGAACCGUAGAAGAAGCAAAGAUUGAGGUCUUGUUACUUACAGAAAAUAGUCCCUACCCCGAGGUUCAUGCGGUGGUCGACCCGUACGAUGACCCUGAUCUUCCAUGUGGCACCAUCCGGGCGUGGGUCAUCGGGCUGGGGUUUGUCGCUCUGGUUGCUUUUGUCAACCAACUGUUCAGCGUGCGCCAACCUUCCAUCAGCAUUGGCUCUACAGUUGUUCAGUUCCUCGUCUUUCCAAUUGGCAAGGCUGCCGAGCACUUCUUACCUGAUGUUGGCUUGAUCCUGUUUGGCACGCGCCACAGCCUGAAUUCUGGUCCGUUUAACCGCAAGGAACAUAUGAUCAUCUCCAUCAUGGCAAGUGCUGGAGGGACCCUUCCCAGCUCACGAUACAUCAUCUUCACGCAGUGGCUCGAUCGGUACUUCGGUCAGCCGUACGCCAAACACUUCGGAUAUCAGAUCCUUCUUGCGCUCUCGACUGACCUCAUGGGCUUUGGACUGGCCGGGCUUCUCCGUGGCUUCAUUGUCUAUCCUUCGUUUUGUGUGUGGCCGAGGUCGUUGGUAACUAUCGCCUUGAAUACUUCCUUGCAUAAUGAGGAGAACCACUCAGUGCUUGGUCCCUUUCAAACCAUCUUCAACAUCUCGCGGUUUCGAUUCUUUCUGGUAGCCUUUGCGCUAAUGUUCGUCUACUUCUGGUUCCCCGAUCUUGUUUUCAGUGCUCUGAGUACCUUCGACUGGCUUGCGUGGAUCGCUCCAAAUGAUUUUAAACUGACAGCCAUCACGGGUAUGAAGAAGGGGCUGGGAUUUAACCCUCUGCCUACCUUCGACUGGAACAUCGUCACCCACGCCUUGGAUCCAUUGACCGUGCCUUCGAGUGUUACGAUCAAUACAUUCUUCGGCGUGCUGCUCGGUGGCAUUACCAUCAUUGGACUCUAUUGGACCAAUGCCUAUCACACUGGCUACCUGCCAAUUAACACAAACAGUAUUUUUGAUCAUUACGGGAAGUCCCAUAAUGUGUCCAAGAUAUUGGACGACCGUGGAUGGCUCGACGAGACCAAAUAUCAGGCCUACUCUCCAGUAUAUCUGGCAGCUAGCAGCCUGACCAUGUAUUUCUUCUUUUUUGCAGUGUAUGCGGCCUCAGUGUCGUAUGCCUACUUGCAUCAUCGCCGGGAUAUUGCUCUGGGAUUUCGCAGUCUGUUCAAGAACUUCAAGCGCCGUGAUACAAAUGACUUUCCGGAUGUCCAUAGUAGACUCAUGUCAGUCUAUAAAAAAAUCCCGGAGUGGUGGUAUGCAAUUCUAAAUGUGGUUGCUAUUGUGCUGGGAGUGGCCGCAAUUGCAGCCUGGCCGACUUAUACCAGUGUUGGUGUAGUCUUCUUUGGUAUUGCGCUUGCCCUGGUGUUCGCCAUACCUACUGGCAUCAUCGAAGCUACCACGGGAAUCUCAGUCGAGUUUAAUGUCCUCGCUGAGUUUAUUGGAGGUGCAUGGAACCCUGGUAACACACUAGCAAUGAACUUUUCUAAAUACUUUGGAUCAUCAACUUAUAUAUGUUUAGUUAUGUGGAUGAUGGCUCAUGUGCUUGCAUUUGCUAAUAACCUGAAACUGGCAUAUUAUGUUAAGGCGCAGAUCAUUGCGGUUGUUGUAAUUAUGAGUAUUUCCGGAAUUUGCACCUCUGACCAAGUGAACCGUUUCACAUGCCCUGGUAUAAACAUUUAUUUUACUGUUGUAGUGCUUUUUAGUAGUGUAAGCAUAAAGCAGAUCUUCGGUACCGGAGGACAGUAUAUUGUGCUUCUAUCAGCAUUUCUAUAUAACAUCGCUUAUAUGUGGUCUGCUGUAGUGCUUGUAUAUAUUAAUAGUAUGAGCUAUUUAUGUUUCCGGUAUCUGGCAUUCUGGUCCAAGUACAACUAUGUCCUUUCGGCAGCGUUUUCCACUGCCAUUGCCCUCGCGGGUAUCAUCAUUUUCUUUGCUACGGGCCGCGAGGCGAAGUAUUGUACUCGAUUGACCUUGCCAGGUGGUGAGUAUUUUGGUCCUAGGCUGGGGAGUUUUGCCUAG